AUGUUACAUGAUAAACAAGUAUGUACAAUGUUCUUAACAAUAGGAUGCGUUGGACUAGACUGUCUAAAUGGAGGAACUGUUACAACAAAAGAUGGAAUCUGCCAUUGUAUUUGUGUUUCUGGAUUCUCAGGCUUAAAGUGUGAAUACGAAUUGAGAGAGAGUAUGUGGCCGAGCGGCCCAUACUAUCUGCCUAUGCCAAAAGGAGGAUGUCCAGAAACUAAAGCUCAAGGGUGGAAAAUAGGAUACCUCAACUUCACAACGGAACGGCCUUUUACAACUGAAACAUUCUACAAUAACGUCUCAAACACAAUGACUUCAUUGUUCAAUAUAACAUUUGAAGAAACAAAUAUACUAGGACCAUUUGGACUCUAUAAUUUGCAGAUGAACUUCUGUUUUAAGAGCGGAGAUCAUACUCUGACAAAAACAAACAGAUGGCCGAACUGGGAGAUCGAAGUAUUUUCUUCAAAUGAAGGAUGUCCAUUGGAAUUUGAAAAAGACGUGUUUGUCUCAUCGUUUCCACCGCUAUUAAUGUGGAAUGCUGAUGGAUAUAUUCCACAAGUUCAUAUCCGAAAGAUGUCUGGCGACAACACUACAGAAGUUACAUUUACCCUUUGCAAACGUAUCGUGGAUGACACUCCUGUUCUGUUGCACUGGGAUAUGCCUGUUUUAUUUAUAAAGCAACCGUUCACUAGAUGUAAUGAUAAUGGUCUACAGAGGGAUUAUUUCAUUUACGAAGAAAGGUAUCCGAUUGACGUAUCUGGAGUAUAUACAAACUACAGCAACCAAUCUCCUCUAGCAUUCUGCUUUUACAAACCAGUGAUUGUCGACAAAAACCUGAAUACGUGUGCAGGGUGUGAUUUAGGCGAAUAUGAUCAAAGCAGCGUUUUGUUCAAUACUGAAAAUACAAUAGAAGUGAAACAGUGUAUAAGUGGCCUCCUAUCGUAUUUCAAUUACGUACUGGUUACUACAAGAGAUUGUGUGGUCAUGACUUGGAUCCUUAUAGACGCUCGAAUGUCUGUUAUGGUGUCUGGAGUAUAUUUGUCAAAUCAUCAGCUUCUUACAUACAUGUCUAAAACGACAGUUUUCAUCGACAGAUUCAAAUGGGGAUUUUUGAACAACGGUGCACACGUAUGUAACUACGACAGAGUUCGGUCACUGUCACCUGAUGACCCUAGUGAUUAUUUAAAAUGCCAUCGAGCCUUUGAAGGGAGAUAUGUCAUUUUGCUGUCUCAGUGGGAUACCAUUUGGUUCUACUUUGGACAUGGUGAAGACCUAUCCCCAGCAAAUAUAGUUUUGACAAUUUUGCCACCUGGAGAAUUUGAUGUGUAUGGGCAGUUGCAUGCACCUUGUUUUACAGAGCUGGGAAUGCAGCAGCAAACAAUUCAAAAUUUUCAGAUAACAGCAUCGUCCUACGAGCCUGGUUAUCCUCCACACAAUGCAAGACCAGCCUCGGGUGGAUGGUGUGCUGCUUCAACAGACGAGAACCCUUAUAUCCAGGUCGAUCUUCUUUCUAUAACAAUCGUUGAUGGAGUUUCUGUCACAAACUGGGAUGAGAGACUGGAAUCGACAAAUAAGAAUACAUUUGACGCUGAAAUCAUUCCUUAUGGUAGCAGAGCGUUCAAAGUUUUGUUCGCUACUUCGUUAGAUCACAUGAUCACAUAUGGCCACCACGUAAGUUUUAAUAAAAAUAAACUAUCCUGUAAUAUCGUACAGUACAUAAACCUAACACGAUUUUAUUUCAUUAAUAAUUUCCCUUUGUAA